AUGACACGAUUGUACAGACACCUAUUGUCCGAUUAUGAACGAGAAGUACGACCAGCUAUACGAUAUGAUCACGUGAUUUUGAUGGAUAUUGAUUGCUCUGUUGAGGAUGAGCGCAAUCAGAUCCUGACAACAAGCGCCUGGGUUCGUCAGAACUGGUUCGACUACAAGUUGGUAUGGGAUCCGAGGAUGUUUGGUAAUCUGAGAAAAAUACACAUACCUCAUGAGAAAAUCUGGCUUCCCGAUGUUAUACUGUACAAUAAUGCUUUGUCUUCAUAUGCAAUAUAUCUUUUCUGCAACUCGCUAGACCACACUAGUCUACCGCUACGGCUCAGCAAGCCGUCAGUGCAGGAAAUGCUUCGUCAACGCGUGGACGUCAUCCUGAAAACAUACGUCCAUCAUUGCACGUCAUCGGCAUGA